ACCCACUCGUGGGCGUUUGCGAGCCACUGUAACCUGGUCACCUGGUGUCGGUGUAGAGAUCGGAGUUACUUUGAUGACUUUGAGCUGCAAGUCGAAACAUGAUCGCUCCUACUUAGCUCCGACUCCGAUGCGUUCGCGUAUCACUCCCUGACGACAUGUCGGGUAGCAGCGACUCUGACGAGUUUUUCGACGCGGAGGACGAUUCGUUUCAUCGCGCCUCACGAAAAGGUAAACAGCGCGAUUCUGUCAGUGGCGAAAAUCAUGCCGCGAAAACACUACAAGUUUGCAAGGAGGAUGUCUUUGUAAAGCCUGCCGAGCCAAAGUCGAUUGUUGAACCAAAAGGUCGCGUGUCUGCGGACUGCGGGCAAAGUAAAGAAAAACUCGACGAGGAUGGCACCACGGACAAAAUUGUAGGCAGGAGAAGAUUCCGCGAGCUUCGACAACGCAUGCAAACGGAGGAUGACGAUAUUCCGAUUAACAGCUCUCCCCCCGAUAGUCAAACAUCUUCCAUCGAGGGUGUUUAUCCUACUCCUUCAAAAACGAGCCAUCCAUUCAGAAUUAUAGAGCACGACACUCUUAGCUUACAAAGUAUGACCUCUUUAGGGCGAGUGGGCCGAAUUCUGGCGGGAGUCGCAGAUAAUGCUUCUGGCGUACUCGUAUCUGGUAUAUCCCAGUGCCCUCCUCCUGCCGCCCUUACCCGCGAGGGGUCCUCUGUUGCUAACAUUUCGAGCAAAGACGAGGACGCAACCUCUGGCAAGGUGUCCCAGUCUUCCAGCAUCCUCACGUUGUCAGGGGAUGCCCUGCAGGAAUCCUCUGUUAACGGUAGAUCCGAUUAUGCUUCUCACUCGCAAGGUGACAAGACUGUUAUGCUUCAAGAACCCGAUGUUAUCGCUAGUACAAAGAAUAAUGGGAAAUCGGUGGAGGAUGUUGCGAUGCCUGGUGUACCCGUAGCUCCGCCGCGUCGUAAAAAGAAAACAAAGACAAGUGCGUCGGGCGACCUCGCGCCUUCUGUAGAGGCUGCGCUUGUUCCCGCGUCACCGCUUCCAAGUCCUGCUAGUACUAUAGAAUCGAUAACUCGAGAAUUCGAGCACUCUCUCGAUAUCCGAUCUGCGACGAAAGGCCAGUACGUCGUUAAGCCGCAGGAUGAAGACAAGUUGAAAGCAGAAGGUCCGUCUACCGAGGAACUAGAAAGGGUCGAGAGGAUGAAGGCAGAGCUGCUUAGUCGAUCGAGCGAAAAGUCUAGUAGUCCGUUAGGCUCGGCGUCGAGCAACAGCAUCGGCCGUUACUCUCUAGGCCCGCAUAAGCUUCCGGGCGUGAGCCCGCAAGGUUCGAAAGAAAGACGUAAAUCUGCCGGCGAUCAAGAUAUGGUCAAGCAAUUGAAUAUGUUUGUGAGGACUAGGACGGAUUCUGGCAAGCGUCUUACCGAUAUGGAAAUUCUGGAACAAGUGCCUGUAACGAAUUUAGAUACGGGGGAGCAGGUGCCAUUAAGUAUAGCGGAGGAUAAAUUACCGCAAUGCAUCAAUCCGUUGUCAUUACAUAUUAUGAGACUCACGAAAUCUAAAUACAUAAGCAACUCUAGUCUGGAGAAGGAGAAGGAGAGCGACGAGGAGAGUGUAGAUAGCAAAAUGUCUAGUAUACCCCCGGACGAAGAUGUAUCCGUAGACAGAGUUCGUAAGCGGACGCAAAAGCUGAAGCGAUUUUUAGGCUCGACUGUGAAAAAGACCAUGGACAAGGCCAAGUCUAUCGCGCAAGAGGUUUCGCACGCAAGGCACAAAGAGGACGUCAUGGACAUAGUCGACGAAGUCUAUCCUGGUGAGCAGCAAUACAUAAAGUUGAAGGCAUCCAACAGUCACAAGGGCCCGUACGAGUUCAGUUGUCUGCAGCACGUUCAAGAUCUCAGCGGGGAACACGUAGGGCCCGUCUGGUGCAUGAAGUUCUCAGCCUGCGGCCGGCUGUUGGCCACUGCGGGACAAGAUCGCGUCCUAAGGAUCUGGGUCCUACGGGACGCUUUCACAUACUUUCAGGACAUGCGAACCAAAUAUAACGCGGAGAAAGUCAGUCCUACUCCUUCGCAGGAAUCUUUGGUCUCGCAGCAAUCCAUGGAAGAUCCUAACGUCGUGGCUAGUGCCUUCAGCGAGAUAGAAGGGACGAAAAGCCCGUUCAUGCCAAAGCCCUUUUGCACCUAUACCGGCCACACCUCGGACCUGCUUGACGUCUCGUGGUCCAAGAACUAUUUCGUUUUAUCCUCCUCGAUGGACAAAACUGUACGGCUUUGGCAUAUAUCUCGCAAGGAAUGCCUAUGUUGCUUCCAGCACAUUGACUUUGUCACCGCCAUAGUAUUCCAUCCACGGGACGACCGAUACUUCCUCUCGGGAUCGCUCGACGGCAAGUUACGCCUGUGGAAUAUUCCUGAUAAAAAGGUCGCGGUAUGGAACGAAGUGGACGGGUCAACAAAGUUGAUUACCGCGGCCAACUUUUGUCAGAACGGGAAAUUCGCGGUUGUCGGCUCGUACGACGGUCGUUGCAUAUUUUACAAUACCGAUCAAUUGAAGUACCAUACUCAGAUACACGUCCGAUCAACCAGGGGGAAAAAUUCCACCGGUCGUAAGAUCAGUGGAAUCGAGCCUAUGCCAGGGGAAGACAAGAUAUUGGUCACGUCCAACGACAGUCGCAUUCGUCUCUACGAUCUGAGAGACUUGAAUCUCUCUUGCAAAUACAAGGGAUACGUUAACGUCAGUAGUCAGAUUAAAGCGAGUUUCAGCCCAGAUGGACAGUAUAUAGUUAGCGGCUCGGAAAAUCAGUGCAUUUAUAUCUGGAAGACCCAUCAUGAUUAUUCCAAAUUUUCGAGCGUUCGUAGGGAUCGAAAUGAUUUCUGGGAGGGCAUAAAGGCGCACAAUGCCGUAGUAACGUGUGCCGUAUUCGCACCGAAUCCAGACAGUAUUAUCAAGCAAAUCGAGGCGAGAGAACAAUGGGAAAGCAAGGAGGAGCAGAAAGGCAUGGAUAGCUCCAAUAUGAGUGUCGUUCCCGUCGAUCCUGUCGUCGAGCAACGCACCAAAGGCUGCGGAGGCCACGUUCUCGUGAGCGCUGAUUUCAAUGGGUGUAUAAAGGUUUUUUUAAACAAAACAAAACCGAAACACAGCUCCUUACCGGCAUCUGCGCUCGCAUAACGUUAUCUACGUACCUAGCAGUAAUCAAGAAAAUAACGUGAGAAUGCGCUCUCUUAUCUCCUCUCGUCUAUAGGCUUCAACGAGAGAUGCUUCAACCAGAAUCGCGUACAACCAGUUUCUUUAACGGUAUCUUUACCGUCAGAUACAAGCGCUAUUUUAUUCUUGUGUGCGCGUGUAUAAAUAGUUUUAAGCGAUUACAUAUAUAUAUGUAUAUACAUAUAUACAUAUAUAUUCUUGAUAUCGUGCUUAAACGUUUAAGUUAAAAAAAGGAAAAAAAACGGAUAACUGUCAAUUCCAAAUGAUACGCUUUAAUGGGGAUAGUGUAAAUUUUACUGAAAAAGUUUCUAUUGCGUCAGGUGAAACAAAUUUUCUCUACUUUUAUAUUUCGAAUGUUUUCUUUUCGCCAACGGCUGUCUAAAAGUUUAUCCUUUUCGUUUGCUUUCUAUUGUAUUAUAUCGUACGACUCUACAGUGCUGGUCCACUGUAGCAGGAUGAAAAGAAAAAGAGAUCAAGUUACUAAUAUUCCACAAGAGAUUUAUCAAAAUUAAGUCAUAGGAAGAUAGCGACAAGUCUUUAGUGACACGUCACAAAUUUCAAAUUGUUCCCAUACACUGUACGUACGGUAAAGACACGAUGAAGAUAAGAGCACCCUGGUGAGAAAACCAAGUAUAAAAGGGUAUUAAAAACGGUAUUAUUUAUCAUUAAAUAGGGAUUGUGCUACUUUUUACAAAUAUCGAAUCAGAUUUUGCAAAAUCCUAAUGCUUUUUGAAUCGCAACGUUCUUGUCGAAUGUAAUAGUUGUAAGAUAGCACAUAUAAGUAACACAUCGAAGACAAUAUCAAAGAUGUUUUAAAAUUAAAAUAUAUCAUGGUUGCGUUUUUUUGUACGAAAGUCCUACAUAUUUUAGAAAGUGUAAUAAAGCGAAAAUUUGAGGUAACGCAUAUACGAGGCGCGCUACAAUUGGACUUUGUGCUAUAUACAUAUGCGUCAGUUCUCACGAUUAAGCGUGCAUAUGUUUAUACCUCGUGUACAUAUUUUAUGUGAAAUUGUCAUAUGCUCGCGAUACUCGCUGAUUUAGAGUUUAAUGUCGUAGGAUACGCUAUGUUGGAUUAAUAUCGAUGCAAAACAUGCACUUUCGCGUUCUGUCAAUUGUAAGAACGGAAAUUAUUGUAUAUAUAUAUAUAUAUAUAUAUAUAUAUAUAUAUAUGCGUGAAAGGACAGCGUUCGGCCUUUGUUUGAGAUUAUAUGCGGGACACUUGUCUUUCUUUUUUCGCAAUGCAUAGCUAUUGUAUGUAAUUUGGAAACACAUGUAUAACCAUUGAGACGUAAUAUUCGAAUUGGAACUAAAUAGUCACAAAAUUGUGAAAAGUUACGAGUAUGGUACGAGAUUUACAAGCAGUGUAAGAUAUGUUUCAAUUGUAUCGUCAUUACAAUGUAAAUAUGCAGGGAAGAAUUGUAAUUAUUAUUUUGUGUAAAUGCAAUUGUAAAUAUAAUAGUCCGUCGAUUUCGUUGUCGAUACGGAAAUACAUAUGUA